AUGGAGUUGCAGAAGGAUACAGAUAACAAAUACAAAAUUAUAGAGGAAUCUGACAAAGUGACUAUUAAAAAUGAGGCUGAUGUACAAAUGUUCGCAAAUGAAAGCACAGAGAUUGUUUUAAACAGGAACUUUUCUCAGAGUGUCCAGAAAGAACAAAUGGUAUCGGAAAGUUGCUUGGACCGUAAAGAAUUUGAAGACACUACCCAGAUAUUCCAUGAACUUACUUUUAAAACUGAGAAUGGGGAAGUUUUUGAGAUAAAAAAAGAAAAAGUAGCUGUAAAUGACUACGAUAGAGAGGAGUUUGGAGUUUCUCAAAUCACUCGUGUAUUCAUUGAAGAUGAGUAUGACCGACUUAUUGAUAUGGAAGAUGCAGACAAUGUGUUUGAUAGAGCCUGCAAUGCACAUGAUACAAAAACAAAUUUUUAUGAUGCUUUCGUGGCCAGCGAGGGAGUUUUCAAAGUAGAAGACGAAGAAAUAUAG